UGGGGGAGGAACGAAAGAAUAUCAGGAAUAUUCUUGGAAUGCGAUUCGAAAUCAAAGAAGUCGCGUUAGCACCCUCUUUGUUGUCUCUCCGACGCUAGCCGCUAGCACCUCUGGUAGAUGAACGAGCGAUCUACCGCCGAUCUGCUCGAUCCACGUGGACAUGUCCUGCACGAUGCCGAGUGCGAUGCACGCAGCCAGCGACUAGCUUUGAUUUUCGAACAGCUAGUCGUUCAUCCGUCUCAGCGCACUGAGCGCAGCACUCGCUUGUUUAUCCUUAUAUCGUCACUUUGAAACAGAUCCCAUCACGCUCUUUGUCAUCCAGUGCUCAGUACUUCAUGCACUGACAUCGCAAUGGACCACUCAGCAGCGACACCCAUCGUCGCGCAUAUGUGCGGUUCUCUUCAACGCUAACCCAUCGCCGGAAAUCCAUCGAUCCGAGACUCGUGCCGGAGUUUUGACACAGACCAUCCGUCGACCGGCCGCGAACGUCAAAUAAGAAUCCACUCACGCGCCGAGCAUAAGCACUCGUUACUCGGCAGGGUAAACGGCCCAGUGGCACAAUCCCUGUCUUACAAUGGGGAGUAUAAACGCGGGGCCCAAUGGACCGCAAUCAUCACUCUGAAGCCGCACAAUGCCCUCAAACACUACUACUGCUACUCCUCUCCGCAUUACGAUCGUUGGCGCCGGGUUGGGCGGCCUCGCAGCGGCCGUGGCCCUGCGGCAGAUCGGGCACAUCGUGCAGGUUUUUGAGCGAACGGCGAACAAGACGGAGGUCGGCGCGGCGCUGGGGCUGCAGCCCAACGCGAUGCGUGUGCUGAAGCAGCUCGGCGUGCAGGAGGAGAACUUGAAGGGGGUCUUCCUUCGCGGGAUCGUGGGUUUCGACCAUGUGACGGGGGAAGGACAUGAAAUGAAAUUCGCGCCGAGUGCGGGGCGGCGCGGAGAAGACGAGGCAAGUCUCACCAUCUUUUCACUCCGAGCUGACUUAUCCGAGAAACGCGCAGUGGUUGCUCGUGGCCUGCCGCCUGUGUCGUUGCGUUUCGGAUGCAAAGUCCUGUCUUGUUCGCCGGAGGAAGGCGAUGUAGUGCUCGAGUCUGGCGAGACGGUGCACGCAGACCUGGUUAUCGGGGCAGAUGGCAUCCAGUCUCUCGUCCGUAAACAUGUGCUCGGAUAUGUCCAAGAAGCCACGCCGACCGGGAUCGCUUGCUGUCGGUCGGUAUUUAAGGCACCCCCGAAGGACGGCAGCUUCCCAGGUCUGGAGUGGUUCACCGAGGGGAUCGAGGGCAUCCGUGCCGUCCCCUCAAAGGUUAUGCCGUUCCGCAUGAUCCUCUGCUAUCCCUGCAGGAACGGAGAGCUCAUCAACUCGGCUCACUUCUUCAAGGAAACGGAGGAGGAGGAGAAAGACCUCUCGCACCCAGUCUCUACCCCUUCGAUCUCCCCAGAAGAGGUCUGCGCCAAGUUCACCGACUACGACCCCAAGUUCCACCGCCUGCUCGACCUGCCGAAUCACACCGGCCGGAUCUUCCGCUGGCGGUUGCGCACGCUCCCUGCGAUCCCGACAUGGUGCAAAGGUCGUACCGCGCUCCUCGGCGACGCAGCUCAUGCGACGCUUCCGUUCCUGGCUCAGGGCGCGGCCAUGGCGAUCGAAGACGCGGGUGUCCUCGCGGGCCUGCUCCCCCUCGGCACCACGCGCGAGGACAUCCCAGCACGGCUCGCGGUGUGGGAAGAUCUCCGGAAGCCACGAGCUGACUUCGUAAACAAGACGUCCGUCGACCAGAUAGAUAUCAUCAUGACCGGGCAACAGAGCACUGCGCUUGUGCAAGGCGAACUGCGCGCCAAGCUGGCCGAGUAUGAUGCUAUUGCAGUUGGUCGACAGGCUUAUCAGGAGAAAUUUGCUGGUGUGCACGAUGUCUAGAUGCAGAAGUAGCAACACAAAUUUAGUUAGACUGUCGCAUGUGGUGCAUACAUUGGUGUCACUAUGAUCAGAGGUGUCCUAGCCAUGUGUUUGUUACACAUCUUUU